UUCCACACUCAGCAUAUAUCGUUGUCUGUCUCGGCUUCACCAUUCGUGUGAAACAAAAUUCUCUUUGAUGCUGAUCCUCGUGUACAAAUUUUUUUCUAUAUUUACGCUCUUUGUGAAAUCGAAAUGCCCGAAUCAUUUUAGUGCUAGAUUUUUUCUAUUUUAAAUUCUUUAUUUGAUUAAGUUGUUUUUGCCCACCCGUGCUUGCGGAAUAUUUUCAAAAUCGCAUUUUAAAGGUCUGCCCUUGUUCCCAAAACACUACACACUAUCAAGCCCUCGCCCAUAUCAUUAAAAAGAUUCUACUUUUAUUUUGAUUGCACUUUUUGACUCGUAACGCAAUUAUAAUUUUCGCUGCACUUUUCACUGGAUUUUUAUCGACGAUGAGAUGACUAGUGUUUAAUUGAGGAUAUGAGUUGUUCUCUAGGCUGCUGUGUUUUGGUUUCCUAGUAAUAGCUCAGCUUCUCAAUCUCUAGCUUACGUAGCAGUCAGAAUCCCAGCAGAAAUAAUUUAUGCCAGCGUCCAGAGGACGGAGUAGUGGGAGGGGCAUGGGCGACACUGCUAAUGAAAGUCUAGCUCAGAGAAACCUGGUAGACAUCAAUGUGGCUACUGUUGAAGAGCUUUCCACCUUGGUUGGAGUUGGACGCAGCAGAGCUGAAGCCAUUGUGGAAACCAGAAAUUCCCUUGGAGGAUUUACAUCCAUCGAAGAUCUAAGUCUGGCUCCAGGUGUGGGGACAAAUUUGAUUGAAGCCAAUCGUCAGAUACUAACAAUAUCAGUACCAGCUCAGUCGUCUCAGGUGAAUGCAAGAAAAGCCAACACUCGGAGCAGAAGCAGUGAUAAUACAAGCGCUCAACCGACUCCGAGCACCACACCAGUGAUAUCUAGUUCAAGUGAUAACGCGACAGAAGACCAGCAAAACGACAGUGGAAGUAGCAGCAGCAACGAAUGGGGUGCUUGCCGUUUGAGGCAGCGCCGGUCAACAAGCAGAAUAAAUCCACUGCCCGUUGGCAAAUCGCCUUCGCUUCGACAGACUCGGAGCAACGAUAGCAUCAUUCAAUCGCCUCCUCCUCUCCCCACAACACCUACAUCAUUGACACCUACUGCUCCUGCCAACGACGCCAGUAAUGUAUCCGUUAAAGAGGAAUCACCCACCUCGGAAAAUGAUGACGUCGCCAGACCAGGAGCUACCAAGCGUAAGUCGGAGUCGACAGCUGAUAUGGCAGCUGAGGUAGCCACGGAGAAAAAGACAUGUCGAAGGGGUGAAGGUGUUGAUUCAUCUUCCUCGUCGAUCUACUGCCAUGUUCACCGUAAUCCGAUUCCCUCGAAAGACAAUCCUCCGCCAGGAUUUUGCCAGUGGCUUCACACGUUCCAAUACUGGUCGAACGCUGAGCGUUUAUGUGCCAUUGACCAACUGAUAGAGCUGUGUGAACCCACUCAGGUCCGUCACAUGAUGGCUGUUAUUGAACCACAGUUCCAACGCGAUUUCAUAUCGCUGCUGCCCAAAGAACUGGCUCUGUAUGUUCUCAGUUUCCUCACGCCUCGCGACUUGACUCGCGCCGCACAAACCUGCCGUUGUUGGAGAGUCUUGGCUGAAGAUAAUCUCCUCUGGCGAGAAAAAUGUCGUGAAGCGGGUAUCGAUGACGUUCGUGAUACUCUAAAUAAGCGACGUCUUCGCGGAUCUUCCCACCACUCAUCUCUCAGUUGUGGUCUUUCUUCCCCCACCGGAUCUAGCCAAAACAAUGCACCAAUUAUUACUCCGUCACCCUGGAAGGCGACUUAUAUGCGUCACCGAAAUAUUGAGUUAAAUUGGCGAGUGAGGCCGAUCCCACAGCCAAGGGUAUUGAAAGGUCAUGACGAUCACGUCAUCACCUGCUUACAGUUUUGCGGAAACCGCAUCGUUUCGGGAUCGGAUGACAACACGCUCAAAGUCUGGUCGGCUACUACGGGAAAGUGCAUGAGGACUCUGCAGGGACAUACUGGAGGCGUUUGGUCCUCUCAAAUGCAGGGAAAUAUUAUAGUCAGCGGGAGUACAGACAGAACCUUAAAAGUCUGGAACGCUGAGUCUGGACAGUGUUUGCACACAUUAUACGGCCACACCUCCACUGUCCGUUGCAUGCAUUUACACGGAAAUAAGGUGGUGAGCGGAUCACGGGAUGCAACAUUACGUGUAUGGGAUGUUGAGACGGGCGAAUGUUUACAUGUUCUUGUUGGUCACGUCGCUGCCGUACGAUGUGUGCAAUAUGAUGGGCGUCUGGUGGUUAGUGGAGCCUACGACUAUACAGUGAAAGUGUGGGAUCCUGAAAGAGAGGAAUGUCUCCACACUCUUCAGGGACACACUAAUCGGGUUUACUCACUACAGUUUGACGGCAUCCAUGUAGUCAGCGGAUCUUUAGAUACUAGCAUCAGGGUUUGGGAUGCGGAAACAGGAGCAUGCAAGCACACAUUAAUGGGUCAUCAGUCGCUCACGUCCGGAAUGGAACUGCGCAAUAACAUCCUCGUCUCAGGGAAUGCCGAUUCCACAGUUAAAGUUUGGGAUAUAAUUAGCGGCAAAUGCCUUCAAACUCUUUCAGGAGCCAACAAGCACCAAUCGGCUGUUACGUGUCUUCAGUUUAACAAUAAGUUUGUAAUAACUUCCUCGGAUGACGGAACGGUUAAGUUAUGGGAUGUGAAAACAGGUGAAUUUAUUCGCAACUUGGUAUCUUUGGAAAGUGGAGGAAGUGGAGGCGUCGUUUGGAGAAUCCGGGCCGAUGAAACACGUCUUGUCUGCGCUGUGGGAAGCCGUAAUGGCACUGAAGAGACUAAGCUGCUCGUUCUCGAUUUCGAUAUCGAAAGCAAGUGAUAACUGUCACCACCACCAGUUCUCGCCCCUCCCUCUCUCACCCUACUUACGUCGUGUGCGGUCCCGUUUUCCCGUCUUAAUAAGGUUUUUAAAAGUUCCCUCGCGCGAGGGAUCAAGGAAUCUAAUAUUUUUAAUUAAAAUGAAAUACAAAAAAUCCGAGGAUACGAAAAGUUUGAGUUGAUUGGAAACUCUACGUUUGACAACUUCCUGGCAGUGGGAGUCUGCUCCUCAAACGAUUUCUUUCCAGUUUGGCGUUAUCAGAUAUCUCAUUGUCCGGGAAUAGUCAACUGCAGUUACGUGCCAAGCAUGAUGACAACAAAUAUACUGCCACGACACUCACUAGAGGAAGAAGGGAAAACAAGUCGGGCCUGAUCCAAGGUGCUUCAGACAUAGAACACCGGAAGAGACUUGGAAAAAGCCAUGACACACAGGGCUUUAACUUGUGAUUUCUUGUGUCUUGUUGAUUUAUCCCCUCCCUCUUCAUCCUCACCCUCUCAUUCGUAUCAUGAUAUAAAAAAAAUCAUUCAUUAGUAAGCUCGUACACUAAAAUCCGAUUAAAGAAUUUAAUUUAUGUUCAGCUGUGUCCCCUAAAUUUAGUUUCAUUUUCCCCUUAAAGACACUUCCAAAUGGCUCGGCGAUUCUUUCCAUGCCAAAUACACAUUAUCAGAUUUCCAUAA